AUGUCAUCAAACCCACAAGAAGAAGUAUACAAAGAUUAUUUAAAUUACGAUUGGGACUCGUUUAGUGAAUUCCAGGAUGGCUUACAAGAAAUUUUAGAUAACUAUCUAAAUAAUUUAAAAGAACAAGAUCCAUCGGUAACUAGUAUUCCAGCAUUAGAUAAACAACAGCUAAUUGACCAAGCUAAAUGCUUCUUUUAUUGUAGUCAUACAGACCAUAUUCUAAAUUUGGAUGACUAUAAUGAGUGGAAGUUGCACAAUGGGGACAAAUACAACAAGAACAAGAAAAUUACUGAGAUAACGGAUGAUUCCGAAGAUCAAGUCAAUAACGCAGACAGCGACGAGCCUCCCUACUCUUCAAAUUAUCAAAAAUUAGUAGAAUUAAUAGUUUCUGGUAAACCUGUUCCAGGUAUCAAGCAAAUCCCAGAUACAGUUGUACCAGAUCAGAGUUCGAAGCCUGAGGCUAAGCAGAGAUUAAAACCAUGGGAAAUACAAGAAAACAACGAAGAAUAA